UUGUUUUUUUAAUUGUUUUUGCUUUUGUUUGCCAGGAGGUUUUCUUUCAAAUUAACAUUGUGUUGCUGCAUUUACAGAACAUUUCUCAGAAAUCCUCUAUCUUCCACUGCUACAUGAUCUGAUGAGCAGUGAUUCCUUCAGUCAAAUUAUUUUUUCUGUCUUUGCAUUGACAUUAUGGUAUUAAAACUAAGUUUUCUUUUUGUUUUUGGCAUUUUGAAAUAAUCAAAGUAAAAAGAUUUCACAUUCUACACAAAUAUGAUUGGAUAUAGAUGCAUUUGAAAUAAACUGUUCAUCUAUCAGAUGAGUUCAACAUGUCUGUUCUCUCUCCCAGGUGUUGCCUCCUCAUCAGAGAUAUUUUAACUAAAUUACGCAGAUCCAGCUUUACCUGUAACGGCAUUCCCAUGUCUGUGUUUCGUGGCCCGGAUGUCCGGAGUGUCGUUGGGAACAUUAACCGCUCCAUCAUGAAUAUAUUUAGACGGGGGAACACAUCACCUGCCGAAGGACGGGAUGAGACGACACCAUGCGACACCAUAGAAGAGAACCUGAGGGUUCUGGAGGACGCCGCAGGGGAAGAAAAGUCAAACCGACUCAAAGAGCAACUCAAGGAGGUGACACAGACGGUCACCAUGCUGGAGAAACAGAGGGAUCAGAUGGACAAAACACUGAAAAAGGUGAAAACUGAGGCGGAGGCACAGAGAAACCAACUGAAAGGGCAACUCAAGGAGAUGGAGGAGGAGAGGGAGGAGAUCAAAAACAGGCUGCAGUCAGUAGAGAAGGAGAGGGGGUCUGACAAGUCAGAGGAAUUAAUAAGAGAAAAGGAAAACCUAUCAAAGGCUCUGUGGAAACUGGACAAGAAAAGGAAGAACACCGAGGGACAGAUGAUGAACUUAAACAGACUGCUGGAGCCGAUAGAGAGUCAGUUCACUAGGAUGAACAAGAAAGACAAGCAUGUUGGAAGCAGGUUUCGACUGUUUAAACUGACACGAAGGUGAAAACUAUCAAAGUCAAUCAAAGUCACCAGAAGUCCAACAGGUGGAGAGAAAAACUUCACAAAAAUGUCCCUGCUGCA